AUGCCAACGAUUUUAAGCAAAUUUAUUGAUAAGGCAAAACCUCGAUUUUCAUUCAACCAUCAUCAGCAUCCUAAAAGCGGUAGUACAGAUAGUACUAACAGCAAGAAUAGUGCACAUGAAGAGAAACAGCAUCAUAAGUUUAGAUUAAGUACCAGUCUACCGACAGCAUCAUUAUCAUCUCAUACAUUUGGCUAUAAAGACAAUACCAAAGACAGCUACGUUGAGCCACCACCAAUUCCACCUACUCAAACCGAACCUAUCAAAGAAAAUCAUCCUGCAUUUGUCCAUACCCCUACACACUCAACACCAUCCUCACCAAGUUCAGUGAGCAAAGUACCUCUCUACCCGGAUGAGUAUCCUCAUACACCGCCGACAACACCAGGCGGCUCCGUUUUUGUAAGUAAUAAUACCAUGACCACAACACCACAGCAGCAACAGAAAGCAACAAUGGCGGAUCAAAACGACGAGAAAGAGGACUCUGCGAAAAUGGUAGCAACUGUGCCGGCAUCACCGCCGCGAGAAGAAGAGGAAGAAGAGGAAAUAGAUGAACAAGUCAACGAAAGCAAAUCUACAACGACGACAUCCACGGAUAACACAACAGAUGACAGACAAAGCAUCCACACGACGACGGAGAACAGCGUUGCUACGAAUUCAACUCAUAAUACCCGUUUGCAAGUGGAUGAUUCCGAUGUCACACGUCCUCAUUGUCAGCUUAAGCUCGCCAACUUCAACUUACAACGUACACUUGGCACGGGUUCGUUUGGCCGCGUUCAUCUAGUGCAAUCCAAACUCAACAAGCGAUACUACGCACUUAAAGUACUCAAAAAGUCAGAAAUUGUCAAAUUGAAGCAAGUAGAGCAUACAAACAACGAAAGAGCUAUUCUCAUUCGUGUUCAGCAUCCUUUCAUUGUCAACCUUUGGGGCAGUUUUCAAGACUGUGCCAAUCUCUACAUGGUCAUGGACUUUGUGCCCGGCGGCGAGCUAUUUUCCAUCCUCCGAAAGUCCAAAAAAUUCUCCAACGACGUCGCUCGAUUUUAUGCAGGCGAAGUAUUACUAGCACUCGCUUAUCUCCACAGCAAAAAUAUCAUUUAUCGUGAUUUGAAACCUGAAAACAUACUGCUAGAUGCCCACGGACAUGUUCGUAUCACCGAUUUUGGGUUUGCCAAACUGGUGCCGGACAUCACAUGGACAUUGUGUGGCACACCCGACUAUUUGGCACCGGAAAUCAUCCAGACCAAAGGCUACGGUAAAGCAGCCGAUUACUGGGCCUUUGGUGUUCUCUUAUUUGAAAUGCUGGCGGGACACCCUCCCUACUACGAUGACAACCAAUUCAAAUUAUAUGAAAAGAUCCUAACAACACAGCCGAAAUAUCCAGCCUCCAUUGACGCGACGGCACAAGACCUCUUGAAACACCUUCUCACUCAAGACUUGACACAGCGUUAUGGCAAUUUGAAACGAGGCUAUCUCGAUAUUUGUGAACAUAAGUGGUUUGCCUCUCUGGAUUUCGAAGCUUUGAUCCAACGUAAAAUCAAACCUCCUCAUAUUCCCCAUUUGAAAAGCGAAGGUGAUCCCAGUAACUUUGAUAAAUAUCCAGAAGAAGUCUACAUGUAUGGCAUUCAGCAGGAGGAUCCUUAUCAUGAUCAGUUUCCAGAUUUUUGA